GCGGACUGGGUCUGCCUGGCCAGCUACAGUCUUCCCGCGAAUACAACGUACAGUCAUUAUAGCUGAAUUUAUAGACCGAAAGAGACACCAAAUUCGGCUACAAUGACCGUACGUUGUAUUCGGGGGAAGACUGUAGGCAAUGAGACCCUGGCGGAGUUUCAUCAGCAACUGCAGAAGCAGAUGGCCAAAAUUGAGGCUGCAGAAAUCCGCGAGCUCGAGGCCAAGGAAGCACGCCUCAAGGCCGAAGCCGAGGCAGCUGCUGCACGGCAGCAGCAGCUGGCUGACGCUGAUGCCGAAGUGCAGACACGAUGGAAGGAAGCCCGUGCGUUGCUGUUGCGUCACGAGGCCUCCAUUGUGGAGAAGCUCAAAGCUUGGCACUUCGAGCCCUCUGACGGACAUGUCGAACCUACUUUGGAAGUGAAACACAAAGAUUCUCUGUCCAAGCUCAUCACGCAACUGGUUUACAUGUGUAAGCAGCAGCAGCGUGAACUAGAGAACUUGUGGCAGGCAAUGCAGGCCAGCAAUACGCUACAGGAGGACACAGCAAAGGCUCUCAAUGCCCGCGUGCGCGACUUGGAGAACACUGUCCCCCAUGUAGCAAGUUGCAGCCAACAAGCACCGUCUGUCCGCCAAUUGGAAGAACGAAUUGAUCGUGUGGUAGCCACCAUUGGUGACAUCAGCACGUUCACGGCGCCUGCAACCAUCACCGAACAACUCAAGGCGUUGAAGGCCGGUGUGCGCACAUUGCAGCAACAGCCAGCAGGCGCAGCAGCGCUCCAUGGCCUUUCAAGAUGCCGACGUUCAAGAUCGAGAAGUUCGAUGACUACCACAAGACCGAUCCGUCAUGCUGGUGCUGAUGCUGGUGCUGAUGCUGGUGCUGAUCCUGGUGCUGAUGCUGAUGCUGAUGCUGAUGCUGAUGCUGAUGCUGAUGCUGAUGCUGACGCUGAUGCUGAUGCUGAUGCUGAUUUGCCACUUAUGAUUUUCAUACAGACAAUCAAUCAAGAGUUAAACAGUGUGCAAAUGGAGAUUCGAAGUGCAGUUUGCCAGGACGAUGGAAAGCUAUACUUUGGCAUUGUGAAUAAAUCAGCGGAUGAACAUGCUAAAUUUGGAACGCGGUUCAGCCCAGCACAAAUUGCUUUCUUCAAAGGAAUUGUCGAGGCUAUUGCGCUUGAGUCUGCGGGAGAGGGAUACCUUUCAAGCAUUCAAGCCUUGAAUUUGAGGCCAGAUUCAGAGGCUCAGGGGGACGCCGCCGAUGGAGCUGGGAGCAGUAGUCAAGCGGUGGGGUUUCGACAACUAACUGUUUCCCAGAAGGAUAAGACACUGGAUGAGCUUGUGAAGGAAGGAUGGCUUACUCAGGAUGAUGACCAGCGACUCUCUCUUGGAGUUCGAACAUACGCUGAGCUUCGGCAGUUUCUUGCUGCACUCGAGAUACCAUUGUGUGAGAACUGCCAAGAGGUGACAGUUAAGGGAGAGGUGUGUGGUAAUGUCGAGUGCGAUGCGCGGAUGCAUAGGUACUGUGUUGCGCGUAAAUUCAGCAGAGCAGGAGUUCCAAGGACUUGCCCAAAAUGCAGGGAGAAUUGGCCGGGUGCAGAACCCAAUGGCGAAAACAUUGGGCAUAACAGCAGGAGGGAUCCAGAGAACGGUCAGAACGGAGAGCAAACGACUCUACGAGAGCAAAGGGGUCUCCGAUCUUCGCAAGGGAAUCACCCAGCAAGGCCACAGAGGAAUGGUGUAGCAGGACUUGGGCAAGAGAGACAGAGAAUGCGGGACGAGAGGAGGGCAGAGGUGGCAAAUGGCAGGAGAGGCAAAGGAAAGAGGUCACUGGAGGAGGUGGAAGAUAGCGAAGAAGAUGAUGAGGAUGAUGAUGAUGAUGAUGAUGACGAGGAGGAGGAUGACGAUGAUGAUGACGACGAGGAGGAGCAUCCACCUCUGUCAACACCGCGACCUAGGAGUCUUCGACAUUCGACUGCAGCAAAUCCCAGGACAGAGCAAACUGUUGUAGAAGACUCAGAGUCAGAUGGUCCUGCUCGACGAAGCUCGCGUCCCACAGGUACGAGGACCCCCAGAAGGCUCAUGCGAAAGAGGGAUAGAUAAGCACUCUCGGGCGUGAAGACGAGACCUUUCUGCAUCACGGAAGAGGAUGUGAAGAGGCCCGAGGCCAUACAUACCAUUUCUGCAUCGUGGAAGAGGAUGUGAAGAGGGCAUGGCAAUGCAAGCAUGGACUUUGAUCUCCCAAGGUUAUACCUUCGACGUCUAUUGAAUUGGUGAACAUGUCUGGAGUUAUGUGGAGUACACAUGACACUUGAAGCAUGUGUUGCUGCAGGUACAUAUUUUGUGAAUCGCUCAUGUGAUCUAUUUUCGUUGUAUGAAAGGUGCAAGACCUCAUCUAUGUCCUGGAAAGUAUCAAUGGCAAGAUACGACAGGAUAAAAUCUCCUCGUGCCG